UGGGGAGAAAGGCUGGGCUAGGGCCAAAGGGGAUCUGGAAGUACAAGAUCCAGGAGGGAGAAGUUGGGGGGCAGGGUCACUAAGCCCCCAGGGGUACUGGAAAGAUGGGCAGAUGCCAUUCCAGGCUGCCCCAGGUGGGAAAAACCCUGAGGCCUCAGCAGAAGGAUCUGCUCAAAUCCCUCCGGAUCAUCUUCGUAAUGGGAGGACCAGGCUGUGGCAAGGGGACACAAUGUGAGAACAUGGCAGCCAAGUACGGUUUCUGCCACGUGGGCCUUGGGGAGCUAUUGAGGGAGGAGGCAAAUCAGGCCACUGUGCGGGGCCAGCAAAUCCGGGACAUCAUGCUAAAGGGCCUUCUGGUGCCCACGGGUGUGAUUCUGGACAUGGUGAGUGACAACAUGUUGUCCCGACCAGAAAGCAAAGGCUUUCUCAUAGAUGGAUUCCCCCGGGAGCUCAACCAAGCCAAGGAGUUUGAACGCAUUGCAGUGAAGAGAAAAAAGUCGGUCUGCAGAAGACCUCAGGUGGGCCGAUCCCCCAACAUCGUCAUUGUCUUUGAUUGCUCCACGGAGACCAUGAUUCACCGAGUGCUGCUUCGAGGCCAGAAAGGACACCGUGAGGAUGAUGCUGAAGAUGUUGUACGACAGCGGCUGGAGACCCAUUACACCCUAUGUGAGCCCAUCUUGGCUUUCUACCAGCAGAAAAACCUUCUCCGGAAUAUCCUGGCAGAAGAUGCUGCAGAAAACAUCUUUGCCAAAUGCUGCUCCGUCAUCGACAGUCUGCAGUAGAGUCUGAGCCCUCCCCUACCCCCACUGGAGGCCCAGAGCUCCAAGAUGCCCAACCUUUCAAGACAGCCUCGAGCCUCAACACUCACAGUAGUUGCCAUUUCCUGGGGAACUCUAUGAGGUAAAAGGGAGGAGGGCUUGGAGAAAAGUCUGUCUACCUCUCUACAGCAAAGUCAAGCAAUGGAAUGGAACACCCUGUCCCCAACAAUCACGGGCAGUUAUGGGUACUCUGAAAUACUCAGAAUUAUCAGAAGACUGCCUAAGGUAGUGGAAUGAAUGCUAGCCUUGGAGACGAGAGAACUGCAUUUCAAUCCUGUCUUCACCUCUUACUUAUUGUGUGUCCUUGGACGAGUUGUCUCUCUGAAUAUCUUUUCCUGUAAAAUAUGACAGGCAGCAUUGGGCAGCUGGACAAGCGCUAGACUUGGAGGCGGAGGGGCCUGGGUUUAAAUCUGGAUUUGGAUGCCUGCUGGCUGCAUCCUGGUACCUCUGGAGCCUCUUUCCAACUAUAAAGUGGAACUAAUAGAAUUCUCAUGCUGUCUAAUACUUCAAAAUGCAUUAUAAAUCCUAAAGGGCUAUAGAGAUGGGAGAUCGCUCUUUCCCAUCCUUAGGAAAUAUAGAUGGUGACCUCUCUUUCAAGGGUUAAUGG